AAAAAUACUGGAUUUAAUCUUUAUUGAUCCAAAACUCUGCAGUAUUCCAGUCCUCUAUAAACCAGCUCAUUUUCGGAGUGCAGGAUGGCGGAUGAGAUCGGGGUUUCGAAGGCUGGAUCGCGGUCGUCGGGGUCGCUCCCUCCCGAGCCGAUCGAGAUCAUCCGUACCAAGGCUCGCUCCAGGAGGGUUCGGAUUAACGUGGGGGGUCUGAACCACGAGGUGUUGUGGAGAACCUUGGACCGACUCCCGCGUACCCGCCUGGGCAAACUGCGCGACUGCAACACGCACGAGUCCCUGAUCGAAGUGUGUGACGAUUACAGCCUGAACGAGAACGAGUACUUCUUCGACCGGCACCCAGGAGCCUUCACCAGCAUUCUGAACUUCUACCGCACCGGGAAGCUGCACAUGAUGGAGGAGAUGUGCGCCCUGUCGUUCGGACAGGAGCUCGAUUACUGGGGGAUCGACGAGAUUUACCUGGAGUCGUGCUGCCAGGCGCGCUACCACCAGAAGAAGGAGCAGAUGAACGAGGAGCUGAGGAGGGAGGCCGAGACCCUGCGAGAGAGGGAUGGGGAGGUGGAGUUCGACAACUCCUGCUGCCCUGAUAAGAGGAAGAAACUGUGGGACCUGCUGGAGAAACCAAGCUCUUCUGUUGCUGCUAAGAUCCUGGCAAUCAUCUCCAUCCUGUUCAUCAUCCUGUCCACCAUCGCCCUGUCCCUCAACACCCUACCUGAGCUGCAGGUGCUGGACGAGUACGGGCAUCCCAACGAUAACCCUCAGCUGGCACACAUCGAGGCCAUCUGCAUCGCCUGGUUCACCAUGGAGUACCUGCUGCGCUUCCUGUCCUCGCCCAACAAGUGGAAGUUCUUCAAGGGUCCCCUGAACGUCAUCGACCUGCUGGCCAUCCUGCCCUACUACAUCACCAUCUUCCUCACCGAGUCCAACAAGAGCGUGCUGCAGUUCCAGAACGUCCGGCGCGUGGUCCAGAUCUUCCGCAUCAUGAGGAUCCUGAGGAUCCUGAAGCUGGCCAGACACUCGACCGGCCUCCAGUCGCUGGGGUUCACGCUCCGGCGGAGCUACAACGAGCUGGGCCUGCUCAUACUCUUCCUGGCCAUGGGCAUCAUGAUCUUCUCCAGCCUGGUGUUCUUCGCCGAGAAGGACGAGGAUGCCACCAAGUUCACCAGCAUCCCCGCGUCCUUCUGGUGGGCCACUAUCACCAUGACGACGGUGGGAUACGGAGACAUCUAUCCGCAGACGCUGCUGGGGAAGAUCGUCGGCGGGCUCUGCUGCAUCGCCGGCGUCUUGGUCAUAGCCUUGCCCAUCCCCAUCAUCGUGAACAACUUCUCCGAGUUCUACAAGGAGCAGAAGCGUCAGGAGAAAGCCAUCAAGAGACGAGAAGCUCUAGAGCGGGCGAAGCGGAACGGCAGCAUCGUCUCCAUGAACCUGAAGGACGCCUUCGCCCGCAGCAUGGAGCUCAUGGACGUGGUGGUGGAGAAGAGCGAGGAGAACGCCCUGGAGAAUCACCUCUCUCCGAACCGCUGGGGGGUCCCGAAGCGCACCUCCUCCGACACCAACCUGCCCGGCGCUAACAAAUCGGGCGGCUCGCAGGAGUGCCUGAGAGGAACCCAGCACCUGAACGUCCAGAAACUGGAGGAGUUUUACAAUCACAUGACCAAAACUCGCUCGCUGUCCGACCUCAACACCAAGCACAGCAGAGCCGAGUCCAGACGAGAGGCGCAGGACGGUCAGUUCGGGGGGGGGGCUCCGCCCGGGGGGAAUAAAGUCCGCUGCACGUCCAGCGUGGACAGCUUCGCCAGCUACACCGCCGAAUUCACCGAGGUCCAUCUGUCGGUUCCUUCUCCCAAAUCAACAGAUCGACUCUGGCAGAGUUCAACCAGAGACAAGAAGAGCGGGAAACUCACGGACGGGUACCAGAGCCGCCCCCACGGGGGCGAGGAGUUUCACCACGGGUCCAACAAUCACCCCCACAUGGGAGGUUUAGAUAAAGACGAUGACGAGAGUCUUCUGGAGAACCCGAGUUUUAUUCAAGACGUGGAUCAGGAGAUCGUAUCAGACACUGGUCAGGAAGAAGGGCAUCAGUUCGAUUCCCUAAAUAAAAGCAGAGCAGGUCGGGUCACUUCUGAAGAUGAUCCAUGCUUGGUGGAGAACUCGAGAGAUCCAGAGAUCCUGUCAGAUAUCACUCCGCGAGAAAACACACAUCACAGAGGCGGCGUGAGGAGCGCAGGCUUCCGAAACGCCGCCACGCCUGCUUUAACGCCGCCGGACUCGUCCCAAAUCGACCCGGAGGACAGAAGCCGGUACGGCGGCCACACGCUGUACGACGGAGACGACGAGUACAUCAUGGAGAACACGAGCUUAAUCCCGAACACCAAACCCGACAGAACUAAAGCCCUGUCCCUGCACUUCCUGGAGUUCCCAGCCGAGGGGUUUCUGACGCCCCCCAACACGUCCUCCACCCAGGAGAUCAGCAGCACGCUCCUGGAGGACGAGGACUCCCCGCAGGAGGAAUGCUCGCCCCUCUUUCCUGAUCCGGUGACGCUCCCCAGAGUCGCCCAGGAAGAUUUCCUCCAGAGCUCCCCGAAGCUCCCGGGCCAGACGGGCGUCGCCGGGUCUCCAGACCUGGUCCCUUUACCUAAAUUUGCACAGAACUGCACUCAGGACGGAGCGAGCGGCGCCACCGAGGGGAGAACGGAGAGCGGACGCAAAGUGGAGAAUCACAUGUUUACACCAGAGAUUCACUUCCUGUCUGACGAUGGAAACAAAGCACACACGAGCAUGUGAGACGCCGGGGCGCUCGCCGGGGCGGUCACCGGGGUGCUCGCCGGGGCACCGGACGUGUGGAGAGGAGAUUUUGCAUGGCAUGAAAAUAAGUCUACAGGAAACAGAAACCCGGUGCGGUCCUGAGCUCGGUGAUGA